UGGGGGGGGCGGAGGUUCAGCUGGGCCAGUGCACCCAAACAGACAUGUUGUACAUGUACAUCAGCUCCGUGGGUUGAUACGCCUCCGGGUCCUGUCAGUAUUGUACUUGGGCAUCUGUACCAAUGGGAGCAGUGAAGGGGCUGUGAUUAAACACCGCCCGUGUUAAUGGGAGACACGAGAAGAGCGCGAGUGGCGGCCGGUUGAGCGCGAGCCGAUGUGAGCCGGAGGCCCGGGGGCCGGCGGGGCGAUCAUGGUGCGAGUGUACAACUGUCACCCCUUCUCCUCGCAGCAGAUUGUGGGCGUCGCGCAGGAGCCGGCGGCGGUGUGCUGCGGGCGGGACACGCUGUUCGUGCUGUGCGCGGGGGCCGGCAGGGUGCAGGCGUUCAGCGUGAGCCGCCAGGGGGGCUGCGAGCCGCUCUGUACCUUCAGCACCCUGGGCACCGUGCAGGGCCUGGCCUACAGCCAAACAGGUGACUACCUUGCAACAAUCGAGGAGAGAAGUGGCAUCCUGUACCUGCGAGCCUAUUUGAAUUGGCGACGAUGCGAGGCUGGGAGAGAUUGUCGAGUGGGUGUGCGGAUGGUAGGACACAUUCUGGACGGUCCGUUUCAAGGUGCUCCGAAAGAUCAAAUGGAGAUUGUGGAAAUGCCUCUGGCAGACCCGCCGACAUGCCUUUCCUGUUGCCCUGUCAAAGGGGAUCUGAUUGUUGGGUGUUGGAACAAAGUGGUGUUGUUUCACUUGAAGAAACAGAUCCUAGACGGUCACCCACCACUCCUGGAUUUUGAACGCGUUCUAAUCCUGCAUUUUAGUUUAAACCCACUGAGUGUGUCUCUGUGCGAUGGCUGUGUGGCUGUGACAACUGACUUGGAGGUACUGGUACUAAUGUUGGAGCCUUCCCAACCGGGAGAAGCUGGUGACCAGGACAGAGCACAGAAAAUGAGAGAGGUUGCUGACCCUGGGGAAGGCAAAUCCGCAGAAGAGAGCAAGAUUGAAGAUUCUCCAUCUGUUGGUCCAAGAGAUGGCUCCGAGGAGUUUGUGCUGUUUCAGAGUCCGUUGGAGUUGCUGGAUGAAGACACAUGCGCGUCUGGAGUCUCAACCCUCUUGGAGUGGACGAGUGUGCAGGGCCUGAGGACUGAUCUGCGGAACUGUUUGCACGUACGCCAGAUCCUGUACAGGCGUUUUGCUCCAGAUCUCUCCCAUAUUUACUCCAUUGAGGAAACUGCUCUGCAUUCUCUCCAGCUCUUGCCCAUGUACACAACAGGAUGUCCGCCAGGGAGUGAGGAGAAGGAGAUACUCAGCCUCUUCUGUUUCUUCUCGAUGCCACAUGUGGGCUACUUGUAUAGCGUAGGAAAGAUGGUGCAGCUGCUCUCGACCUAUCAAUAUCCAGAGAAAGCGAAGCAAGCAGUUCUCAGCUCCCAGUUCCUGCACGUCAUCACCAGGAAUGACUUGCAGUGUUACACAGUCAGGUGCAGUGCAGUAGCUGCCCGGGAUGAGGAUCCGGAGAUGGACACAAAUAACAAGGCUUGUCCAGCCUUUUUCAUGCAAGUAUGCGCUCUGCGCAUGCAGCUCUUCAUUGGGCUGCAAGCUGCAUGUCACUCCAGAAACCAUCUCAUCCUGCUGACCAGAGCUGAAGCUGAAGUCAGUGUUGAAGAACGUGGAUCAAAGAAGCUGUCGCUUCAUAAACCCAAGGCUAGUAAGAAGAGAGCACCGGUUACUAACCAACCAGGGUGGAAUUUAUAUUGUCUGCAGAUCAUUCCGACGAUUCAGUUGUGCAGGGAGAUGGUGGAAUACAGUAAGAGCUAUGAAGCCUGCAGUCCCCAGAGCUACGUGCAUCUACUGAGCGAGGCCCACUUGCUGCUGAAAGCAGCGCUGCUGGAACCUAGCCCAUGUGACCCAGACAAGAGAGAGGAUGUGCUGUCUGCUUUCAAAGAGAGCUGUUUGCAAAUGGGAGACUGCUACAGCCGGCUUGACAUGGAUGACUUCCACUUGGCCCUGCCCUACUACCAGAUGUCUGGCCUGCCACUGAGUGACAUCAUCAGCACUCGAUUCUCGUGGGAGAAUAAGUCUCAGAAAUUUGGCAAAGGAUUUAUUUACUACUUGAAGCAUUGCAUCUGCCAUGAGGGACAAGACCUGUUGAGUGAGGAAAUGGCAAACCAGGUGCUGCAUGUGUUCAAGGUGGCUGAACCCACAUACAUCCCCCACGCCCUGUGUAGCCCAUGCAUGGGAAACAUCUGCCUCAGAACAGCCUGGGACCAUCUAGAGAGACUGUCCAUGGUCAGCCCGUCACCACUGGUAAUGCUCACCAAAGCCUCCUUUGCAUUGAGAUUGCAGGACCUGCAACAGUACAACACGCAGAUGGAAAGAUACACUGAGAUGAAGUUGGUUUUGGGUUUUGUGGAUGAACCAAUGCUCUUGCUGUGUGGCGGCAUUGUGGCCACAGAGCUGGCCCGGCACCUGGAGAAAACCCAGCCUGGUCUGCUCAUCACUGCCUUUGUGGCUCUUCUAGACAGCAAAAAGCUUCAGCUUGAAGAAGCGGAUUUGUUCUUUCGGGAGAUCUGUAAGGAGGAGGGUGAAGAGCCUGUGGAGCCGCAGCUGUUGGUUGAUUUCUGGGAGGCCAUGUUGGUUGCUGGCAACGAGGAGGAGCUGGUGCAGAGGCUGCUGGGAAAGCUGGUGUCGGUGUAUGUCCGUAGAACGGCCGCCAGGCUGGAGCCUGAGCGCAAGCCACUCAGAACAUUGGAGGACCUGAUCAGCUCGUGUUCUCACUUUGGUACAAUUUUCUCUUGGGUCAAUUUUAUCAAUGCACCAAGUGAUCACCCGCCAAGCUUCCCGGAGGAUCUGCAGAAGUUGCAGUCCCUGUUGUGUGGCCCCUCAGUUGAUGUGAAGUCUGUUCUUCCUCUCCUGCGCCAGUUCCCUGAAGACAAUGGCCCUGGGCUCAGCACCAGUGCCCUGUGUCAGACUCGCCUAGGGCUCUAUGACAGUGCUGUGGAUCUGCUCCUCGACCACUGUCCUCAGGCUGUCCUUGCAUUUGCCAGGUGUCACAUGCAGCACCAAAACCAGCCUCUGUGGUGGAAAAAGCUUUUGCCUGAACUGUGCAGGAGGACGAGAGGAGAUGGGAAACACCACAGUGUCCUCGUUGCUUCACUGAAAGGUUUUCUGUUUGUUUCCUGUAGAAACACUGGCCAUCGUAGCCACAGAACUACAGCCCUUGGAUUUUCUGGCAUUGUUGCCAGAUGACGGUCGAGCCAUGUUUUUCCUGCCCCAUCUCCUGGAGUGUAGCAGGAAGGUGUCUGUGAUCUGAGGAGAUGCAACUGUUUUGUAAGGAAAAUCCAGAGCCCUGUGACAAGAUGUUUGAAAUUCCUGAUAAUCAAGAAUGAUUGAACAGAAUCCUGUCACUCGCCUGAUAGUGUGUAUUCAACUCAAGUCUGUUGCGCAGCGCAAUGUGACACUGAAAUCCAAUCAAUCUGCUGCAAGCACUUACACAGCAUUGCUUAUUCAAUGAAAUCACGUUUACUUCAAGACAUCUGUUGUGCUUUGUUGGACCCAAUUCUGUUUCUUCAAGAUCUUACACACUGGAGUGGGAUUCGUUCGCAGCGUGCUGUGCUGCUCUUCUCUGGUAUUAUGCACUGAAACAAGGCAUCUUGUCAUGUUCCACCCACACAGCUCUUCUGCUUUGACGAGCUCUGUUUUGUUACAUUGACUCCUACGCUAAACAUAUCUCUCUGCUCAGUACUUAAUUCUGUUUAUGUUUCAAUGAGACAGACGUCGCUCUGUGUUGUGCAAUAUGCUAAUGUCAACUGUCUUGUCUGAUGGUGGGCCAAACAGGUCCCAGGUCUGCCAGCUCAGGUCCUAGCCAAUGGGAAUUAAACGUCACUCUCCCUUGACUGAAAUCAUAUGAAUGAGAAUGCUGUAAAAUUCAAAUCAGUCGAGGAUUUGGAUGAAAUUGCUGAACUUCAAUAUCCCACUGUGCUUAUUAAAUAUUUAAUUUUUUUUACAGAACUGAGACUUGACUCACAAUUAUAAAUUUAUUGCCAAGUAGACAAGCGAGUUCAUUCUUUUUGUUUAUCUAUUGAGUCAUUAUCAUGUGUUACCUGCCCAACAGCCUCUGCAAAACAGUUGCAAUGAUCGAAUCUGAAGGACAUGUUUGUCUUUAAGUGUAACUAGCUGUCGCUCAAUGUUUUCAGCGGCCAAUGGUGGCUGUUAACCAGAAGAUCCGAAUAAAGUCUUGAUUCCAUGAAAGAUACCUUUUUUUUCUGAAUGGGAGAGAGAGAAAUAUGGGACAGAUUUUCAAUCUCAAUAAAGUUACUAUCCUCA